AUGAAUUCGCUUUUUGAUGCGCUCCCGGAAGCACCGAACAGUCCAGAUCCACUUGAUUCACCUAUCGCUUCAUCCAUACUAAAGGGUGCUAAGGAGUACAACAAAAAAAACGAUCUAUGGAACAAGACCGUUGCAGCGAGAGCAGAUCGAGAGCAGAUGCUUUUGAAGGCUACGCAAGCAGUUUUCGACGAUACUGUAUUAACAAAGUCCGUUCCAAGAUAUCCAACGGAUCUCUGGGCUGGUUAUGGCUUCAGCUGUUCUCUUCCUGCUGACCUAUUGAAAGGGAUUCUGGAUUUACCUGAGGAGACCAAUGUCCCCGAGGGCAGACCGAUUUUGGGAAGGGAUGCUAAAACGCCUCCAAGAGGAUUGUGUGCAGUUCGUGAAGAGGACGAGCUGUCUGAAUUUUCUGGUUCAUUUAGCAGCAACUCAAUGAAUUCUGCCAAUCGUGCCUUUGAAAGGAAGAAUCGAUCUGGCCUGACUAAAUUGUGCGUGACCUCUAAAUGCAUACUUCUUUCAGCAUUUUCCGCUUCUACUUCAAUAUUUGACUCCUCACCUAUUGUUUCGGAAUUUACUUGGGACAUUCAAGUGUUCGUAGAUCCGGCGAUGGUCCUUGCACAGCUUGGAUGCAGCGAGUACAUGACG